CGGUACACUACAGCACAGCUGAUUUUGACAUUAUUUUGAUUCGGUUCUUGUUUGAUUUAUUUUAUUAUUUUAGAGACAACUUGAUACCUACGGUAUUUUUUAAUAUUUAAAAAGUUAUGACAGAAACUGUAACAUAUUUGUAAAUUUACGCCAUGCAGAAGUUGCAGCUGACGUUAGCUAUAAUAAAACCACAUGCAGUAUCAAACCCAGUAGUGUUAUCAUUCAUCAGAAACCUUUUGAAAAACAAAUUUGUGGUUCUGAGAACAAAACGGGUUAAUUUAGACACAAAAACUGCUUGCCGUUUUUAUAAAGAACAUUUUGGCAAGUUCUUCUACAAUCGUCUUGUAACCUUUAUGUCAAGUGGAAGCAUAGACCUUCAUGUGCUUGGACACGUGAAUGCGAUUACCCUGUGGCGGCAGAUGCUGGGUCCCACCAGUGUUUACAAGGGACAGUUCCAAGAGCCUCAUUGUCUGAGGGGCAUGUUUGGUAUAUCAGACACUAGAAAUGUCGCACAUGGAUCAGAUUCACCAGAGUCAGCAGAAAGGGAGAUAAAAUUCUUUUUCCCUGAUUUUUCCUUUUACCAUUGGCGCAACCAUGAUGAGGAAUGGUUCCGGAAGGGCCCAAUCAUAUUCAAUGACCACCAAUUUCAACAUGUGAAGAGGCUUUAGAUAAUAUUACUGAAAAUAAUAUAUGAAGCCAAGGUGAUAAAACUAAUCAAACAGAAUAUUUUACUAGGAUUAGUAAAGGCCAGUGCAGACAAGAGGGUUAUAUAAGGUCCACAGAUGACUUAAAUCUUGUGAAAUGGAAAACAAUUGCUAUUAAACUUGGUGAUUUUACAAACAGGGUGUGCUGUCAUUGGUUAUUCAUAGAAUGUAGACAUGAGCACAUUAUGUAUGUCAAAUAACAUAAUUUUGGUAUAAGAAAAGAUAAUGUUCAAUUCUUUAUUUCAAUUGUUUUGUUGAACCCAACUCAGUCAGUUUUCGUGGCAUCUCCCUCUAAUGUUAACAAUAUUUUUAAACCUAUGUGCAUAAUUUAAACUGUCAAAUACCAAGCGGUCACCGGUGACCGCAGCCUAUUGUUCUAUAAUUGUGUCUACGAAACCGGUACUCGACGAGUUAAGAACAUAUUGAUGGAUCAUGUAGUCAGGUAAUUAAUCUGUUCUAUAGCCCCUUGUCUGUGCAAGCCAUAGAAUUAUAGAAAAGAAAUGUUGUGAAUCACCAAAAAGGAGGGUAGUAGAGUGACUAAUUUAAAUGAAUACAUAUUGUUGUUUUGACAUA